AUGACCGAUAAGUGUUCUAGCUGCGGUAAAUUCGUUGCAUCGUCAGAUGGCGUUAAGUGUAGUAAAUGCAAUACAGUACAUCAUAAACAAUGCGUGAAUGUAAGUCCGAAUUCAAAGGUCGGCCCGAAAUGGCAUUGUAAGACUUGUAAACGCAAGCCUACUUAUGCUGAUAACGGCGAAACGUCUGGAGAUGUCCCUCGGCUGGCAGAACCAUCAUCCCUUUCGGAAGAAAUUAAGCUUCUUCGGUCAGAGAUUAACUCUUUGCGCCAAGACAUUAUGUCCGUAAUUUCAUCUACGAAUACUGAACUUCAGAACAGGCUGGAAGUCAUAGAAGGGAGAUUGUCCAAGUUGGAGAACCAGCACCCCCUGGAAAACCCGACACAAAGCGUUGAUAUUAAUAAAACUAUAGAACGACUCCAAAUACGCUUAAAUGAGUCUGAGCAGGAAAAUCUUCUGAACGAUGUCGAAAUCACCUGUGUUUAUGAAGAACAGGGGGAGAAUGCUACUCAUACAGCUAUGGCGCUAAUAAAGAAAAUAGGUAUUACCAUCGAGGAGCGUGAUAUUGUUAGUGCACAGCGAACUGGAGUACGGCAACAACAUCCUGGUAGUCGCGAAAGUGAGGGUGAGACCAGUUACUCCCGUCCACGUCCAUUGGUGGUACGGUUGACUCGCAGGUAUCUUCGGGACGAAAUAAUACGCGCGGCGCGCGUACUCCGUGGCGCGGACACGGAUGGCGUGACCACUAAGCCAUCUCGUUUUUAUGUUAAUGAGCGUUUAUCACGGGAAAACCGAAAAAUUUUCUAUCUGGCACGGCAAAUGGGUAGCAAAGAAAAUUGGCGUUACGUAUGGACACGAGGAGGACGGGUGUACGUGCGGCGUGAACAGGGUUCAAGAGCCCAUGCUAUUCGCACUGAAAGUGAUCUACCGAAGAUUUUUGGGAACGAUCAUGUUUGA